AUGGAUCAAACUCUUCUUGGGUCUCCUUUGAUUUCUAGCUCAGAAAAAGGUCUGGGUUGCGGCGGAAAUGCAAGCACUAAAUGGUUUGAUAAAUCAGAAACUACUGCAGAGCUGAAGAGACAACUGCGUUUGGCAGGGCCUCUAGUUCUAGUAUAUGUUUUGCAAUAUAGUUUGCAGAUGAUAUCGGUUAUGUUCGUCGGUCAUCUUGGAAAGCUCUCUCUCUCCAGUGCAUCAAUGGCCUCUUCAUUUGCUGGAGUGACUGGUUUCAGCUUCAUGAUGGGAAUGGGGAGUGCACUAGAGACCUUAUGUGGACAAGCCUAUGGAGCAAAACAGUAUCAUAUGCUUGGUAUACACAUGCAGAGAGCUACGCUUGUUCUUAUGCUUAUGAGCAUUCCUAUAGCAUUCAUCUGGGCAUACACGGAGCAGAUAUUCACUAGCUGUGGACAGGACUUGGAAAUUUCGAAGCAUGCUGGGACAUACGCUCGUUGGUUGAUCCCUAGUAUUUUUCCCUACGGCCUCCUCCAGUGCCAACUCAGAUUCUUACAAACUCAAAAUAAUGUUAAGUCAUUGAUGAUAAGCACCGGAAUUUCAAGCUUAGCUCAUAUUCUUGCAUGCUGGAUAAUGGUAUUUAGAUUUGGCUUUGGUUAUAAAGGAGCUGCUCUAUCCAGCGCCAUCUCUUACUGGAGUAAUGUGUUGAUUUUAGCAAUUUAUAUCAAAAUUUCGCCUACGUGUGAAAAAACAUGGACAGGAUUCUCAAGUGAAGGUGUAAAAAAUCUCAUAAGCUUUCUAUCAUUAGCUAUUCCUUCAGCUCUCAUGGUCUGCCUCACCACAAGUGCCGUGAUCUUCAGAAUCCCCUUUGGUUUUGGCAGUGCAGUAAGCACGAGAGUUUCGAAUGAAUUAGGUGCAGGGAAGGCCCAUGCAGCAGAACUUGCAGUUCAGGUUGUUAUAUUCCUGGCUUUGACAGAGGGUCUGUUUGUAAGCUUAAUUUCAGUUGCAGUGCGAGGGAUAUGGGGCUACUUGUACACAAACGAAGAGGAAGUCGUGAGAUAUAUGUCUGCCAUAAUGCCAGUGCUUGCCUUAUCCAACUUCAUAGAUGGAAUUCAGGGUGUACUCUCAGGUACUGCAAGAGGAAGUGGUUGGCAGAAGAUUGGUGCUUUGGUGAAUCUAGGAGCCUAUUACCUUGUGGGACUUCCAGUUGCAAUCAUCUUAACCUUUGUCUUCCACUUUGGAGGAAAGGGCCUUUGGAUGGGAAUCAUAUGUGGAAGUAGUCUGCAAGCGCUACUUCUUUUAGCGAUAACCAUGCCCACGAACUGGGAACAGGAAGCAACGAAGGCCAGAAAUUGGGUUAGCUGGACUACCAGCUGGUUAGUCUUUUGUGCACCAAUUCUUCGACUUGCUGGGGCUUUCGUCGUUGCAGCAUUGAUAAUUGUUGCUGUCAGGACCACCAUAGUCACAUGGAUCACAGUGUUGGUAUUGCUGGCUUUCGUCGGAAAGCGUCGCCGUGUUCUUGCUGUUGAGGGAAGGAAGAUCACCUUUGAUGUUGCUAUGUACCUGGCCAAGGUUGUGCUCAAAGAUAGAGGCCUUGUUGCUGUGGCUUGUGCUGCAACUGUAGGCGUAAUGGCCAUUUCUUGGUGAAACAGAGCUAGCCGAGUAACAAAUGGCCUUUACUAGAUUGGUAAGUCUUGUAAAAUUGUUCCGUUGUAAUCUGAAUAUUAUCUCGAGCACUUAAACUUGUAUUCAUACAUUGUACGAUAAGAG